UUAUUAGUAUUAUGGAAGGUGUGGCUGAAGCUUAUAAUAAUGCUGAAAAUUGGACUAUACGUCGAGAAAUAUUAUCAGUUGUAGCAACGAAAAUAAAUUAUCAGUUGUUGCAAUCAUUUAUUCCAGGUAUAACGAUAUAUCGAUUCAGUGCAGCCAGACGUCAUGCCUUCGAAUUCGGUGUGGGUAUGCACAUUGAACCUACACCUAUUGUUUUACAAAGAUAUGAAGACUACCAAGUAGAACAUUUCAUCGAUUUUAUAUUAUCACCUCAUAUCUGCACGGACAUGCCUUUUGGGGAACAAUCUUUAAAAUUAUCAAACGGUACGGAACUAUUUGUCCCUAAUACGAUUAGGAAUCUUAUACCAUGUCGUAUCGUAGAUCAAUAUUACUCGUAUAUAUUGGAGAAUUCUCCUGGUUUUCCUCCAUUGGGUCGCACAAGUUUACUAACUCUUCUCAAUGUUCGUAAAGCUUCAACCCGUCAUGGUCUACAGGGUGUCAACUAUUUUGCAGCCAACGGUGGUCAGGCAUUCGAUGAUUUAAUUCAGUUAGUAGAGGAAUUAGGACUCGAUAUAGGUAGCAAACGAUCGAUUAUUGAUAAUCUAAAACGUGCUAGGAUGUAUCUGAAAUCAGACUAUAAAGUUCACGUUGGUAAAUCUUCUACAGUAGCUGAUCAUUGUGCAAAUUAUACACUCUCAUUUUCAAAAGAUAACGAUUAG